UGUCGGGUUCUUAACCCUCUGAGCCACAACGGGAACUCCUCAAAUGAUCUUGCUUCCCUCUCUGCUGCUUGUCUUGUCUGCUCUGCUCUGGGACUGUCUGUCUCCUUCACUGCUUACUUAGGUACCCAGCCCAGUGCCUGGCAUACAGCAGGCAUUCUUUAAGUGUUUUUUUGAAUGAAUAAGAUAACAAAUGGCCCCAAACAGGUGUUUAGCGAGGAUCGGUGACAUCACUACCAUCUUUCAUGGCUGGGACACAUCUGCUUGCUCACUAUGGUCGCCCCAGGGCUUAGCAUGUGACUGGUAUGUAUGAGGUGCCCAGAAAAACCUGUAUGGAAUAGGCGGGUGGAGCCCAGGAGCUUCAAAGAGGGACUCACGACCCUGUGGGACCUUCUCCUCAGGGCCUACCACCCUCCCUCCUCACGUCACUGCUGCCCUAGUCCCAGCUGGCCCUCCCCCCACAUAUCCAGUAGGAGCAGGAGAAGCACAAGGACUGAGGGCAAGGCUGCAAGCCAUGCUGGUGGCCCAAGUUCCCCGGAACCUGGAGGUAGCUGGUCAGUCUGGGGAGGGAAGACCCUCAAAGCCCGCCUUCCAGAAGGCAGCAGGGCCAACCACAUGCAGAACACAGGGCCAAUCUAGAAACCAGAUCCCUGAAAGUCAUGUGAGAGGCUCGCAAGGCAUCCUUUAAAGAAGACCACUUUUGGAGUUCCCACUGUGGCACCAUUGAUGAUUGGCCUGUCUGUGUGGUGUUGUCAGUUCAAUCCCCCAUCCAGCCAGGCGGUUAAGGAUGCAGCAAUGCUACAGUUGAGGGGUAGGUCACAGAUGUAGCCCAGGAACUUCUAUAUGCAGUGGGUGCAGCUGAAAACAAACAAACAAACAAACAGAAAAAAAAAACAUCACUUUUCUCUCCUUCCUCCAAUUGCCUAGCAACCACUGUACAUCUGGACCAGAGCAUGUGGCAGCUGGAUACCACAGGACUCCAGGCCUGGCGGACAGGUCACCUGGGGUCUGUUAAUCCUCGAGGCGCCGGAGGAGGACCAGCCUGCACUAUGAGGCCAUGGCUCCUGGCCUGCCUGGUGGCCUGCUUCGUGGGUGCCUGGGCUCCUGCUAUCCAUGCUCAAGGUGCCUUUGAGGACUGCUGCCUGGCCUACCACAGCCACAUUAAGUGGCGCCUGCUCCGGCGCGCCCACAGUUACCAGCGCCAGGAUGUGAGCGGGAGCUGCAACCUGCCUGCUGUGAUAUUCUUCUUCCCCCAGAAAGACAAGAUGGUGUGUGGGAAGCCAGGGGCCAAGUGGGUGCAGUUUGGGAUGAAGAUCCUGGACAAUCGGAAUAAGAAGGACUCAAAGCCCCACCACAGCGGCCGGAGAUUCUUCCAAGGCCCUCAGUCUGGAGUGAGGAAGUUGAGCUCUGGAACCUCCAGGCCUCUGCUGUUGAAGUUUAGUGGUCCCACCAGAAGCAGCAAGAGGAAAGCCUCCCUCCUGACAACAGCUAUUCCAGGACCAUGAGCCCACAGCUCCCCAGGAUCACCCAGCACAAGAUGGGUGGGAACUUUCGCCAACACCAUUGUCACGCUGCUGCCUCAGCUGCCCCAGCCCUUCUGUCCUUCAGGGCAAAUCUCAAUCCUGGCACCUGAGGCUGCCCUGGUUCUCUCCCUGUCACCCCUGCCACCUCCGGCUCCCUGGUCAGCUGGAACGAAGGAGCUGAUCUUAUUUCAAGCCCUGGGUCUGCUCUGGGCACCAGAGUCAGCCCGGCCUAGACAGUGGUUCUUGGAAAAGGACCAUUGUCACAGUUGCUUACCUGCAGAGCCACACCUGGCUGUGUCCCUUUGGGUCCUUGCAAAGCUUCAGUUCUCUCCCAGGAUGUGCCUGUUUGUAGCUUUUAAAUAAAUCUUUGGUAGGA